CCGCUUCCACUUCUCUCUCUCUCUCUCUCUCUCUAAACUUCUGGUUCCAUUUCCAAACCAUCCCAUAACCAGAAACAGUUCUCUCUCUCUCUGGCUCCAAAUGUCGUCAGAAUACUACUCUCUCUCUUUCCCCACCGCCUCCUCUCUCCCCCUCGACCUCUUCCUCGCCGCCCUCGCCUCCGCCGCCCUCCUCACCCUAUGGCUCUCACCCGGCGGCCUCGCCUGGGCCCUCUCCAAAGCCUUCUGCAAAGCCCGACCCGACCCCGCCAUCCCCGGUCCCACCGGCUUCCCCGUCCUCGGCCUGGUUUUCGUCUUCACUUCUUCCCUGACCCACCGAGCCCUGUCAACUCUCUCCAAAACAUUCGACGCCGUUAAACUGAUGGCGUUCUCCGUCGGGUUCACCCGGUUCGUCAUCUCCAGCGACCCGGACACGGCCAAGGAGAUUCUCAACAGCCCGGCCUUCGCGAACCGGCCCGUAAAAGAGUCGGCAUACGAGCUCUUGUUCGACAGAGCGAUGGGUUUCGCGCCGUACGGGGAGUACUGGAGGAACCUUAGGAGGAUCUCGGCGACCCAUUUGUUCAGCCCGAAGAGGAUGUCCGGGUUUGGGCCGUUCCGGAGGGAGAUCGGGUUGAACAUGGUUGACAAGAUUAAGGGUUUGAUGGGGGGAAAUGGUGUGGUGGAAGUGAAGAGAGUUUUGCAUUUUGGGUCUUUGAAUAAUGUUAUGAUGAGUGUGUUUGGUAAGUGUUAUGAUUUUGGAGGUGAAAACAACAAUAAGGAUGGGUAUGAGCUUGAGGGAUUGGUGAGUGAAGGGUAUGAGUUGCUCGGGAUGUUUAACUGGAGUGACCAUUUUCCUGUGUUGUGUUGGUUGGAUUUGCAAGGGGUGAGGAGGAGGUGUAGGGAGCUGGUUGGGAGGGUGAAUGUGUUUGUUAGGAGGAUUAUUGAGGAGCACAGGGUGAAGAGGGCUGAGAAUGGAGGUGCUGGUGAUGAAAGCUCUGGUGAUUUUGUUGAUGUCUUGCUUGAUUUGGAGAGUGAUAACAAGCUCAGUGACUCUGACAUGAUUGCUGUUCUCUGGGAAAUGAUCUUUCGGGGAACUGAUACGGUGGCUAUUCUCUUGGAGUGGAUUAUUGCAAGAAUGGUUCUACACCCGGAUAUCCAAGCUAAAGCCCAAUUUGAAAUUGACACUGUUGUUGGAACCACCCGACCCAUAUCCGAUUCCGACCUGCCUAAUCUCCCAUACCUACAGGCCAUAGUGAAAGAAACUCUCCGAAUGCACCCUCCAGGCCCACUCCUCUCCUGGGCCCGCCUUGCUAUACACGACACCCACGUCGGAGGCCACUUCAUUCCGGCCGGGACCACAGCCAUGGUUAACAUGUGGGCCAUAACUCAUGACGAGCAGGUCUGGGCCGAGCCUAACGAGUUCAAGCCCGAGAGGUUCAUGGAGGAGGAUGUACCCAUUAUGGGGUCGGAUCUCAGGUUGGCUCCGUUUGGGUCCGGGAGGAGGGUUUGCCCCGGUAAGGCCAUGGGGUUAGCCACGGUUCAGCUGUGGUUAGCCCAGUUGGUUCAGAGCUUUAAGUGGGUGGCUGCUGAUUCUGGUGUGGACUUGUCUGAGGUGCUCAAGCUGUCUAUGGAAAUGAAAUAUCCUUUGGUGUGCAAAGCUGUUCCUAGGGUUUCUUGAAUGUCUGGUUUUGCGGAUUGGUCUUCUGCUCAUUUGAUCUCACCCCAUGAUUUUGCAACCUUUAUAUGGGGGAUCAAACAGCAUAGUAGUAUGACUAUUAUUAUUAAGUACUAGUAAUCUGAGCUGUUUCUGAAGCUAAACUAGGUUUUAGUAGUAUUAGUAAGGGUUUGUCAAGACUUUGACUUGGGAAAGCUGUGGUGAUUUUGUCUAUUGCUAAUCGUUUUUGGGUGUGGGUUUUCUUUCUUGUUUGAAAUGUGGGGGCAUGCAUUGUACGCAGCCAGCUUCAGUUGGAAAUAUAUCCAAAGCAGUGUUAGUUUUUUUAA